UUUCUCUCUUCUUUCUUUUGGAACUAUAUUUCUCUUCGUUCUCUCUUCUCUGACUGAAGCUUCAGAGAAGUGCCCAAAAAAAAGAAUACCCUUUUGCCUUGGACUUCUAACUCCACACUUUCCAUGGCUAAUCGAUACACACCAAAGAACAUCCUCAUCACUGGAGCUGCUGGCUUCAUCGCAUCCCAUGUCUGCAACAGACUCAUCCGUAAUUAUCCAGACUACAAAAUUAUAGUCCUUGACAAGCUUGAUUACUGCUCAAGCCUGAAGAACCUCAACCCCUCACGAUCAUCUCCCAACUUUAAGUUCAUCAAGGGAGACAUUGCAAGCGCUGAUCUAGUUCACUUUAUUCUUCAGACUGAGUCUAUCGAUACAAUCAUGCACUUUGCAGCCCAGACUCAUGUUGACAACUCCUUUGGGAACAGUUUUGAGUUCACCAAAAACAACAUUUAUGGAACCCAUGUUCUCCUAGAAGCCUGUAAAGUCACUGGCCAGAUAAAGAGGUUCAUCCAUGUAAGCACGGAUGAGGUUUACGGGGAGACGGAUGAAGAUGCUGUGGUGGGAAAUCACGAGGCUUCUCAGCUCCUUCCAACAAACCCAUAUUCUGCCACUAAAGCUGGAGCAGAGAUGCUGGUGAUGGCAUAUGGGCGCUCAUAUGGGCUGCCUGUGAUAACCACUAGAGGAAACAAUGUUUAUGGGGCCAAUCAAUUCCCAGAAAAGCUGAUUCCCAAAUUUAUUCUAUUGGCCAUGAAUGGAAAGCCUCUUCCCAUUCAUGGGGAUGGAUCGAAUGUAAGGAGUUAUCUCUAUUGCGAGGAUGUUGCAGAGGCCUUUGAAGUCAUUCUACACAGAGGUGAAGUAGGCCAUGUCUACAACAUAGGCACAAAGAAAGAAAGAAGAGUGAUUGAUGUAGCCAGGGAUAUUUGCAGGCUUUUUAACUUGGACCCAGACACCCAGAUUAAGUUUGUGGACAAUCGUCCUUUCAAUGACCAGAGAUAUUUCUUGGAUGAUCAAAAGCUAAAGAGCUUGGGAUGGUCUGAAAAGAUCACAUGGGAGGAAGGUCUCAAGAAGACUAUGGAAUGGUAUGUUAGCAAUCCUGAUUGGUGGGGUGAUGUUUCAGGAGCACUGUUACCCCAUCCAAGGAUGCUGAUGGUGCCUGGAAUUGAAAGGCAAUUUAAUGCCCCUGACACGUGCAGUUCUGAUUCUACUUCUGUGACAAACAAAUUCAGUCAGAGCAGGAUGCUGGUUCCAGCUCCAAAGAACAAUUUACCUUCUCAAAAGCCAUCCCUUAAGUUUUUGAUUUAUGGCAGAACAGGUUGGAUAGGAGGACUUCUAGGGAAGAUAUGUGAGAAACAAGGCAUACCCUUUGAGUAUGGAAAAGGGCGUCUGGAGCAACGUUCACAGCUUUUGACUGAUAUCCAAACCAUUAAGCCAACCCAUGUUUUCAAUGCAGCCGGAGUGACGGGUAGACCAAAUGUGGAUUGGUGUGAAACUCAUAAGCCUGAAACAAUUAGAACCAAUGUUGUUGGCACAUUAACCUUGGCAGAUAUCUGCAGGGAACAUGACCUUCUUAUGAUUAAUUAUGCCACUGGUUGUAUCUUUGAGUAUGAUGCUACACACCCUCUAGGAACAGGGAUCGGGUUCAAGGAGGAAGACAAGCCCAAUUUCACUGGUUCUUUCUAUUCCAAAACCAAAGCCAUGGUUGAAGAGCUUCUGAGAGAAUUUGACAAUGUUUGCACUCUCAGAGUCCGGAUGCCUAUAUCAUCGGAUCUCAGCAAUCCACGGAACUUUAUCACAAAGAUUACUCGAUAUAACAAGGUGGUUGACAUUCCCAACAGCAUGACCAUAUUGGAUGAGCUUCUACCAAUUUCAGUUGAGAUGGCCAAAAGGAACUUGAGGGGAAUAUGGAACUUUACAAAUCCUGGUGUUGUGAGUCACAAUGAGAUUCUGCAAAUGUACAAGGACUACAUUGACCCAAAUUUCAAUUGGGUUAAUUUCACCUUGGAAGAACAGGCCAAGGUCAUUGUUGCACCCAGGAGCAACAAUGAAUUGGAUGCAUCUAAGCUGAAGGAGGAGUUCCCUGAGAUACUCUCUAUCAAGGACUCACUUAUAAAAUACGUCUUCCAACCCAACAUGAAAAGCUUCAAUGGAGGACUGUCAAAGUAAGAAUCAGAAGCGAUCUCUGCAUUCCCAAGGGUGACAUGGUCCAGAAUUAUUUUACAAUCUUGUUUGUUAGAUUAUAUUUUGGCAAUUAUGAUAAGGAGCUUUGCCAAUGGAUUUAGCAUAUCUUCAGCUAUCCUGCAGCUUAUAGCCCAUGUAUUCUUCGGAUUUUAAGUUAUUGUCACUCAUUCAAUAAAAUUUUCAUUGUCCCUACUUUUAAGGUUGUGUUC